CCUUCAUCCAUCACCAUCAGGCUAGCAAGAUCCUUUCUUCGAACGGCUACCUGUUCAUCCACAACCGUCACCUCACAUCUUACCAUCCGGAUCGACAGAAAAAGUCAGCCUCGCAGGGGUCAUUCCCUCAUCACCAUCAAAGAUGGGCUCUGUUGUCAUUCCCCACCUCGUCACUGCCUGGCAUGUCGACCAAGCCAUCCUCUCUGAAGAUGAACGCCUCGUUGUCAUCCGCUUCGGACGCGAUCAUGACCCCGAUUGCAUGCGCCAGGACGAAGUACUCUACAAGAUUGCCGACCGAGUCAAGAAUUUUGCCGUCAUUUACGUCUGCGAUCUGGACCAAGUUCCCGACUUCAAGCAGAUGUAUGAACUUUACGACCCCGUCACCCUCAUGUUCUUCUUCCGCAACAAGCAUAUGAUGUGCGAUUUCGGCACAGGAAACAAUAAUAAGCUCAACUGGGUGCUGGAAGACAAACAAGAACUGAUCGACAUCAUCGAAACCAUCUACAAAGGUGCCAAAAAGGGCCGUGGUCUGGUUGUGUCGCCGAAGGAUUACUCGACCAGGUAUCGAUACUGAAGGGGCGUUUUGACAUUCGUCUUGGGGCACUUUCUCCCCUUGUUGUCACCUCAAGAGCAUCACACCACAUUGCUCAACAUAUGAGAACCAUCCCCAACCCAAGCACAAGCUUGGCCUUUGGGUUUGACGGACUGUUGAACUCAACCCAGGAUGAGGGCACACUUAGUCUCGCAGAUGCUUGCUUUCUGAUUGAUCCCGUUUUAUUGCCCAAAGCGUGUUCAACGAUCUCCAGGAAGCCAAAAGAAGCUAACCCCAUGCCACCCCAGUGUACCUCUGACUUUAUACUCGUAUGACGUGAACGAUUCAGGUGAGAAUGUCUGGCCCCUCGGAUGGCACCUGACGAGACACCACUUGGCCCAACGAUCUUCUCAUGAAACGAGCUCUUCAAGUGUAAGCCAGUGCCGAAGCAUAUUUCCAGUAGCACCAUGAUACCGGAGACUGGGGUCUGGGGGGGCCAGGAGAUUUCCCCCUUCGUGCAUUAUGUACUUCUGAACACUUGCAUAUGUGAUUAGCUGUCUCUGCCACGCCACAUGUCAAUAUGUAUUUUCAAGACAAUCUUUGAGUAGUUUGAAAAUACACUCUCUUUCUCUCCUCAUCAAGUGGUAUACCUAUACAGAUUUGCAAUGUUGGGGCAUUCAUGAUUGUUGUAUCACACAUGAGACGUGUUUCACU